AUGAAACGCGCGGCAGAAAAGCAGCUUAUUAAGGAUGCCGAUGAUGAAGAAAACGACAUCGAAGAAGUGACCUCAGGGCCCUUCAAGAAGGCGGACGAUACUGUGCUCGCUGGAAGACAGUUUCGAGGGCUUCCUAAACGCAAGGGAGCAGCGGCAGCAGCACCCGCCUCAAGCGACUCAGAGGCCCCUCCUGCCCCCAAAUUCAAUGGCUUUGGCGGUUUUGGUACAGGCGGUCCGUCGUCGGCCUUCUCCUUCGGACCUCCCCCUGGCGCGCCCAAGCUUUCCCCAGCUGUCCCCGCAUCAUCUCCCUUCUCGACCUCGACUACAGCCACGCCCUCGACCUUUGGGCCAUCGGUUUCCUCCACUGCCUCUGCGGCAACGAAGGCAUUUGCAUCCAUCGUUUCCUCCUCGUCAACACCACCUGUGACGGCAAAGACCUUUGAGGGAGCAGCCAAGGAUGAUGACAGCGAAGUUGAGUACUACAAGGCUCUCCGAGGUCUCAACAGCUCUUUCCUCUCAGCGCUACACAAGGCCAUCGAAUCGGAUCCCUUUGUCGAUGUCGCCGAAAUCCUCGAGCGGUACAAGGCGUUACGCAUCACCACACAGGCUGAUUUCGACAACAAAUCCCAAUCGAAACCCGCCACUAAGUCCCCAGGCCCUGCUCCAGCCCCCGAAGCGCCGAAACCCAGUUUCUCUCUGCCUUCGGCCCCUUCCAGCUUUUCGUUCGGAGGCCCGAAAGGUGCUACGGCAUCGUCGAGUUCGUCUACCACCACCUCGACCUUCGCUGGGUUCACACCCAAGCUCGACACUGGUACCUCUUCACUAGGUAGCCCCUUCAGCCUGCCCAAGCCAGCACCCGCCUCUGAGGACCCACCCAAACCCUCCGACCCUCCGAAGUCCGCAUUUUCCUUUGGCACCACCUCCACGACCGCCCCCGCCCCCACAUCCUCCUCCUUCUCUUUCGGUGCUCCACCUGCCUCAACCUCUGGCGGCUCGAUCUUCGGCAAGCCCUCCGCCCCCUCCGCCUUCUCGUUCGGCAGCUCGUCGUCCGGCAUGGGUGCGUCCACGCCCUCGUCCCUCUUCGGCGGCGCGUCCUCCGCCGGGUCGCUCUUUGGCAAGAAGCCCGACGAAGACAAACCCGCGGACGCACCCACCUCCAUCUUCGGCUCCACCCCCGCCUCGCCGUCGCCCUUCGGCAGCGGGGCCUCGACGCCCGCGUUCGGCGAGUCCAAGCCCGCGGGCUCGCUGUUCGGAGCCCCCGCCGGCAGCUUCUCGUUCGCGCCGCCGAAGCCCGCGGGCUCGCUCGGGGUGGGCUUCGGGUUCGGGUUCGGGGCGGGGGGCGGGAGUCCGCCCAAGACCCCCGACGCGGGCGACGCGGCGCAGGGCCCCAUCAAGGCGCUCCCCUUCUCGUUCGGCCCGGCGUCCAAGUCCGCGACGCCGACGCUCGCGUCGGAGGGCGAGGGCGACGAGGGCACGUCCACGCCCACGCCCCCGGCGAGCCAGACGGAGUCGCAGACGCAGGACGGGUCCGCGGGCUCGAGCACGACGCUGCUCGCGACGCAGUCCGCGCACGACGCCGAGGGCGAGGGCGAGCAGGGCGAGGAGACGGUGCACGAGAUCAAGACCAAGGUGUUCCGGAUGUCGGCGGACAAGGACGGGAACCCGACGUGGAGCGACCUGGGGGUUGGAGUACUCCGGCUGAAGCGCGACAAGGAGACGGACGCGCGGAGGAUGCUGCUGCGGAACAGCGGGACGGGCAAAAUCACGAUCAACUUCCGUAUAUACUCAGGCAUGAACGCGAGUGUGGCCAAGAAUGUCGUCUCCUUCAUGGGCCACGAGGCCGGCAAGCAGACACCGUACCGGAUACGCACCAAGACCACGGACCAGGCCGACGAGCUCCUCAAAGCUGUGAACCGCGAGAUCGAGUUCGUCAAGGCCAAGGAUUCGGCAUAA